AUGGUACCCGAAGUAAUCGCUAAAAGAUGUCCAAAUCAACAGAGAUUUCAGGACUCAGCUCAGCCGCAGAAUAAUAAAGAAGAGCCUAGUUCAAUAAAAGAGGAUAUAGAAAAAAAUGAGAAUACCGCAGUACGUUUCUGGUCGGCUGGAAACUCUAUCCUACUAUCGAGCUAUCUCAACUUUCUACUAGUAUUUGUACCGGUAGGAAUCGCUGUUCAUUUCGCCGGCCUUAAUCCUAUUUAUGUUUUCGCUUUCAAUGCCAUUGCAAUCGUGCCACUGGCUGGGUUGUUGAGUCACGCAACAGAAAGUGUUGCUCGAAGGAUGGGUGACACAGUCGGUGCACUCGUGAAUAUUACCUUUGGAAAUGCCGUCGAAUUGAUCAUUUUGUAUGUUGUUCUAUCGAAUGAGCUUCGGAUUGUCCAGGCUUCCUUACUGGGCUCUAUAUUAGCCAACCUACUUCUUAUUUUAGGGAUGUGUUUUCUGGUUGGCGGACUAAGGUUUCGAGAACAGAUAUAUAAUAGUACUGUAACGCAGAUGAGCGCCUGUUUACUCAGUUUAGCCGUCAUGAGCUUGCUGCUUCCGACCGCUUUUCACGCUUCUUUUAGUAGCUCACAAAGUGCAAAAGCUACCUCAGCUGUACUAAAAGUGAGCCGCGGUACCAGUGUGGUUCUUCUACUUGUCUAUGGAAUGUAUCUUCUCUUUCAACUUAAAUCUCAUUCGUAUCUAUACCAGAGUACACCACAACAUCUAAUUGAUGAGGAGUCUGCGCCAGGCCCUGUAGCUGCAUGGAUGGAAUCAUCAAAUGAUAAUUCCUCAAUAUCAUCACUAGAUUCUGAUGGCUCUGGUCACUCAAAUUUUAAAUCUAAGCGCGUUAAGAGUAUUAUCAAAUACGGAACUCGUAGUAUUCACAGUCGCAAGUCAAAAGAUGCAAUCGACACCAACAUCAGUCCAAAUGCCAGCCGAAAAUCGUCGAGCAUAACUGCGUGUAAUUACACUCCUGGCCAAGGCGAUCGAAAUCAUAGCAUCAAUCCCAUUAGUUCUGAUUUAAAUCAAGAAAAGAACCCCAAAAAAACUCGAAGGAUUUCAAUUGUCGAGAAUAAGAUCUCUAGAAAGCGAAAAUCAGAACCAUCAGAAACUAAAGAUCAGAUAUCUGAACUACCAUACCCCAAUUCUACCCCAGAAAUUAUUAUCUGGCCCGCCGAUCCCAAGAAAAAGUCUCCGAGUAAAAUAUCUGCUGGGGCCGACUACACCUUUGGUCAGCCUCAACUAGCUUCAAAUCGUACGGGUGAACCUACUAAUACGAAGCUUCCUUUCAACCUCGGUCGUAUGAAUAACUUUUCAUCUUUCCAGAAGAAUUUUGCUCCAAAUGUAUUUACUCAGCCUCCUAUUGAAGAGAUAGAUCCCAUGACACGGGCUCCUCCAGCUCCUCCGGCUCCUCGAGGCCCACGAGUUCGUUAUGGGAUUCGUCGGACUAGCUCUCUACCAGAUCGACUUACCUUGGCGCAAUUCGCCCCAACUGAGCCGCCGUUCGCCUCUACUCGUCUAGUUCCAUUUUCAGUCGCUGCUAAGGCACCCCAACCUUCUCAAAAUGACGAAAAUGUUUCCCGAACAACCUCUCUAAUACUUUUGCUCAUAAGUACAGGUCUAGUUGCCCUUUGUGCCGAGUUUAUGGUCGAUAGCAUCAAUGCAGUGGUAGCAAAAGAAACAGCUCUAAGCGAAGCUUUUAUCGGAUUGAUCAUUUUACCCAUUGUUGGAAACGCCGCUGAGCACGUCACAGCUGUCACCGUUGCUUCAAAAAAUAAAAUGGACCUUGCUAUUGGAGUCGCAGUGGGCUCGUCCAUACAGAUUGCGCUAUUUGUUACCCCGUUUGUCGUGCUACUUGGCUGGUGUAUGGGCAAAGAGCUGUCUCUUUACUUUACCCUAUUUGAAACAGUCUCUCUCUUUGUUAGUGCAUUCAUUGUGAACUUCCUUGUUCUCGAUGGAAGAUCAAACUACCUCGAAGGGGCGCUACUGUGUGCAGCUUAUGUCAUGAUAGCAGUGGCAGCUUUCUUUUACCCUAGUGUGCAAGAGAGUAGUAAUUUGGGGGGAAAUGAUGCUUCUACCACGGCAGCAAAACGCAUGGUAGAGUUUGUGGCCGGCAUGGUUUGA